AUGCACUUUUGGCAGGGUUCUGCACGGCCAUCGGCGGAGUUCUGCUCUCUGUUUUUGAAUCUUCUUUUCGCCAUUUCCACCUCGUCGAUUCUGACACCUUCGAAGCACAUACGAUGUAAUAUAAUUGAUUGGUCCACGAUACCGACGCCGCCGCGUUUUAUCCACGAGCCCAAUGAUCCAACAAUAUAUUUUACACUGGAAUCAACGCAGUCUUCUGAUGGCCAUAAUCUAGAUUAUCUAAAGGAACGCACUUUGAGGUGUAUUGCUGAUGGCAAUCCUCCUCCAGGAUACAAAUGGAGAAAAAACGGCAAGCCGUUCAAUCUAGCAAUGUUCUCGGACCGGAUCGCACAGCGACCUGGUGAAGGAUCUUUUGUUUUUUCCAAAUUAACUGCUGCCGAUGAAGGUGUCUACCAGUGUGAAGCCACGAAUGACAACGGCACUGCCAUCUCCGAGAAAAUCACUCUCGAGCAAACAUGUUAG